GGGAAACACUGACCUAUACUAUACACUACUAUAUAGUCCAACAUGCUGGGAGUUGUAGUUUUGCAACAGCUGGAGGCUGUAGGGUUGUUUGUUACAUCUAUUUAAAAGGGUACUCCACUGCCCCGGUGUUCAGAUCAUUUAGUUCCAAAAGCCCAUUUAGUUCCGCUACGUCACCUCAAUGCAAGUCUCAAUGUAAAAAAAUAAAUAAAUACCAUGAUACUUUAGAAAAAUACUGUGAUGCUUAUUUUUGGUGAUAUCGCCCAGCACUAGGAUAAGUUAUAUUGCGCUACAGAUCUCCUUUCACUUGUCACAUGCGGAGGCCAGAAUUAGAAUUUUAGUUUUGCGACAUCUAAAGGGUUUCAUUGUAAAGACCGCUGCGUUGACGCUUACUCCAUCACCACUGUGUAGGGCAGUGAUACCGUCGUUCUGUUUCUAAUUUUUCCAGCUCUCUUCACCCCUGGGCCACCUCGCUGUCUAUAUUAUGUGUAUUUACAGCUCUCUAUCAUUAGUCCUAGGCUGACAUAAGCGAAUCUGACAAUAGGAAAUCUCCCGCCGGCUUUCUGGACUGAGACUCCAGAUUUGAGACUUCGCCAAGAAGCAGCGUAUGUCUCCUAGAAGGAGGGCGAGGAGCUGAUAUCACAGGUAUUUUGGCCGGGCCAGACAUGCAACCACCAUGGAGCUGAUAAAAACGAAAUAUCCAGAUUAUGAAGUGACCUGGUCAGAUGAAGGCUACUGAAUAGAGCGACCACACAGUAACCAGCUGUGCCUCUACCUUCUGCCCAUAAGGGGGCAGUGUUGUAUUAACUAAGGAACAAGUUAGUUGUUCCGUCCUCCUCUUCCUCCUGCGACGACCGCAGAGAGAACCGCUGUAACUUUAUAUGUGACUGCUGGGACUGCGCCGAUGAGCGGGACUGUGGUUAUCAUCGAGAUUCUCCAGUUUGGGGGAGACCCUUCAGCUGUGACUUUGAAAGCGAUGACUGUGGUUGGCAAGACGUAAGCACUUCUGACUACCGAUGGGUGCGAGACCAGCGCAGCUCUCCAAUGUGGAAGUCCCGGCCCCAUGGCGAUCACACACUGGGGAACCGAUGGGGUUGGUUCAUGAUGGCGGAAGGUCGAAGUGGCAAAUCUGCUGUAUCUGCGCGACUGCAGUCACCGGUCCUUAGAGAUGCUGCUGCUACGUGUGAAAUCCACAUUCACUACCACAUGUAUUCCUCGAAUUCUCCCCAGGUGAAUGGGAGUCUCUCCGUCCAUCUAGCGGACCGCACCCAGACGUAUACCCUGUGGGAGAGCACGCAGAACAGCGCCAUGUCAUGGAGGCGAGUGGUCCUAUUCACCGGCAGGAUCACUGGGGAGUUCCAGAUUAUCGUUACUGCCUCCCGGGAUGCUCUCAGCCAAGGAGACUUUGCUGUGGAUGAUUUGGAGUUCCGUCAUUGUGGUCUUCAAGGUCUGCAGGCGCAGUGCGGUAUUGAUCAGACGCGUUGUGUUCGUGGGAGUUGUGUUGAUCAGGACGCUGUGUGUGACGGCUCUGAUGACUGUGGUGACGGCUCGGAUGAGGUCGGCUGCGAUAUGUCCCAGUCCUGCGACUUUGAAAGGGAACAAUGUGCAUGGAAUUAUACAUGGGAAAAAGUAAACGGAUAUGAUUCCAGGCCGGAGAGAGACCACACCGAAAACAGCCGAUCAGGGUAUUUCUUGCGACUCCCGCAGAACGGCACACAAUAUCUGACGAGCCCCAUGCUGAAGACCAACGACACGCUGUCGUGCCACCUGGUGCUCUACUAUUACAUGGACGGCUCCAGCACCGCAUCGCUGUCCGUAGGUUAUCGGGCUGCACAGAAAGACCAAGUUGUGUUAAAGCUGCAAGGACAGAGGGGCCCCUUGUGGAUUCGGGAAAGAGUCUCCUUCUCUCACUCCGCCAGUUCCUUCCAGAUCUUCCUUGAAGGCUCCAAUGGCGGCGUGGAGGGGAUUGUCGCAGUUGAUGAUUUGAUUCUUUCUCCUGGAUGUGAAGUGCAGAGUGGAUCUUCGGGAUGGAGCAUAUCCUCACCCCAACAGGAUGACGUGAUGAGGAAAAGCGAGAGAGAAGCUUGUCAGGACGCACCUGAAUUAUAUGACUUUGAGAGCAGUAAUGAAGGAUGGACGGAUAUUAGUAUUGGGGCUUCUAAGUGGGGGCAAUCUACUCAAGCCUCCUACCUGACUGUGCUGAAAGCAGAAGGGAAUGUAAAGACUGAAGCCCAUACUCGCAGCCCCCUCCUGUGCCCAACCGGACCCUCUUGUGUCCUCAAAAUGACGUAUUACCUUCAUACAGGCCCCGCAGGUUUCCUCUCUCUAUACGUGUGGGAUCCACAGCUCGAUACGCACUCACAUGUCUGGCAGAGCCGCGGCGAGAGGAACGACACGUGGAAAUCCGUCCUGAUCACUCUGGGGGAGAGACCGCAAGAUUUCCAGUUGGUGCUGGCCGGAGCGGUGGACCCCGGACCUUCGCAGAAUUGGAGCGCCGCAGUGAAUCGGAUACAAUUCCUCGACUGUGGGAACAAAUUGGCCGUUAGUACAGAGCCGGUGACUUGUAAUUUCGAGACUGGGCUUUGUGGUUGGUAUCAAGAUGCAACAGAGGAGAUGGACUGGACGUUGGGGACUUUAUCUGACCACACAACAGGACAAGGUCAUUAUAUGUUUGUGGAGGGAGCGUCGCGCUGGGAUCGUGGUACAAAGGCUCGUCUGGUGUCCUACCCCCAAAAUACAACAGCGGACACCUCCUGCCUGUCCUUCCACCACAGGAUGUUUGGGCCGGACACAGGUUCUUUAAACCUAUUCAGUAAAUAUGAUGGCGGAGAAGAGACUUUACUAUGGACCAGCACAGGAACACAUGGGAAUCGGUGGCACCGGGAAACCGUCACACUCACCAACAAGAAAUACCAGCUGAUCUUUGAAGCUGUGCGCGAUGGCUCCGUCGGCCAUAUUGCUAUUGAUGACAUCACUGUGAUGAGCGGCGCCUGUGAACCCCCCACCCGCUGCUCUUUUGAAGCUGGAGCCUGUGGCUUUUCUUCUGAAGGACAAUAUAAAUGGAGUUUACAUCAGAACAUCCAAUUCAACCACCAGACGGGGCCGCCCCAUGAUCACACCCUACAGAGCUUUACAGGGCAUUACAUGGUGGUCGACACCAGCUCCACCAACCUGCCCAGGAAGGGGUCUGCGCUUCUAUCGUCCAGUGUGUACAAUGCCCAACCGGAUGAGGGCUGCCUGAGCUUCUGGUACUGGAUGGAGGGCACCGACCCAGGGACUCUGAUCGUGUUUAUGGAGGAUGACAAUGGAAAGAAGAAGGUGAAGAGAGAAAUCCUGAGGAUCUCUGAGGCCAUGCCAGGCAGCUGGCACCAUGGGAGCGCCGCCCUCCAGGCCAAGACGCAGUGGAAGUUGCUGUUUGAAGCUGUGGGUGCGGGGGGCGAGCGCGCUUACAUCGCUGUGGACGACAUUCACAUCCGCCAUCAUCCUUGUCAUGAAUCAGUGUCAUGUGACUUUGAACGGGAAUUUUGCUCCUGGACCAACGUUCGCAUUCCCCUUAUGGAUACAUAUGACUGGGACAGCACGUACGGAGCGUCUAUACACAGAGCGAGCGCCGCUCCGGAGAAGGACCACAGCCGCGGCUCCUCAGAAGGACAUUAUGCCUUUGUGGACACGGGAGCGAUGCACUCAGAAGGUACCUCAGCCUGGCUCAUCAGCGAGCACCUGUCAGCGACUACUGGAUCCUGCUUCAGCUUCGCUUACCGCACCGACUCCUCAGACCAUUUCCAUCUGGGGGAGCUGAUCCUGUAUGUGACCAGUGCUCAGGGGCUGCUGCCCGUCUGGGUGCUUCAUGGUUAUCAUAGUAAUACCUGGCAGGAAGAACAACUGCAGCUGAACAGCACCGGGGAGUUCCAGAUUGUAUUUGAGGCAACAAAGGGCAGGCGCCCGCACACCGCCGUCAUCUCCCUGGACAGUCUGAUGUACACCCCCGACAAGCUGUGUAAUGCUGAAGAAACGCACAACUCUAAAGGUAAAGACAAUUCCGGAAGGAGCUGGGCCAUCGCCAUCGGAGUGAUCAUCGCCCUGCUGUGCUCGUUGCUGAUCUUCCUCCUGUAUCGCAGAUGGAAAAGAAACAGACAGAACGAUUCCCCGCUGCCUGAACAAGCCGACCAGAUCGACGGAUUUGAUAAUGUGUCAUAUGACAUAGAUUCUUCAAGCUGAAAAGUAACAUCUCGUGUGCCGAACCAUCAAAAAUAAAAUCUAUGCCAUAAAUUGCUUCUAAAGCACCUGUAUAACUAUAGAUCAGCAGGGACGUAUUUACGACAUCUGCAGUCUGGCGUCACAUUGUACCGCAACAACCAGCAUGCCUCACCAGACUGCAGAAUUAAAAGGGGGAUUUCCAGAGCUUAAUUCUUCCAAGAACAGCACCACCCCCUGUCCUCAGGUUGUGUGUGGUACUGCAGCUCUGUUCCAUUGAAAUAAAUGGAGACAAGUUGCUAUACUAAACAGAACC